AUGAAGUUUCCAACUGCCUUGACGCUAGCGUUAGUCGCAACAUGCGAUGCUCUCAAAGUGACCAUCCUCGCAGAUACCAACCGCGACGGAAAAGUCGACAAGAAAGACCUCGAUGGAAAAUCUUCAUGGACCGCUACUCGAGGCGCCUUGAUCUUGCCGAACAUUGGCGACACUGGCCUUCGUUGUGCUAAGAAAUGGGGACCCAGCGUCGACAUCAUCCCGAGUAAUGAGACUUAUUUGGACUUGUGCAACGAUGCCACAGAUGACAUCCAACGCAACCCAAAAUAUCUUGCGCCGCUCAAAACCCUUCCUAUAUCCGGAUUGAGUCCUUCUGCCAACGGAUCUAUUCAAGUUACCGAUAAAGCAGCCGCUGCAAAAGUCCGUGUCUUCACAAAGAAGAGCAACAAGUGGACCUACGUAUCAGGCGAUUAUGUGUUCUCGGCCAAGGAGCUUUCAUCAGGCCUCGAACUGGGGAUUGAUGCACGCGAUGUCCGACGCCCCAAGGGCUGGGAUGGCAAUGCAAAGAUACAGUUCACAGUCACUGAUGGGAAGAUAAAAGCAACCGACAUUGUCGCUGUGCGAGUUGCCCCUGUCUUGACGCAUCACCACGGGCAGGUGGCUCAGCGCAUCUUCUCAACGGGUGUGAACGAGCCUGGCUCCAAUCCUCAGCAGGAGCAGUUUGUAAAUGAUAUCAAGCGCAACGUCACCACUUCCGGUAUCAAAGACCCAAUCUUCCUUUUCGACAACCAAGAUAUUUGGACACAAGACUUUUUUGAACCCGGCUACUGCAGCAUGCCUGGCCCCAAUGGCCCGGUUACUAUCCGAAUUAUGAUCAGAUCAGUCCAGAGCUCUCGUCGAUCUGGUCGCGACGCGUUCCAUGAGCUUCGAAGCGACAAGGUUGGCGCAGUGCAACAUCCAGGUGACGGCGAUACUAUCGACUCCACUGGAAACCUGGAGACUAUUCCACCCUACAAGUACAAUGAGAAGUCAUUCCCUCAAGGCAGAACGAUCAUGGGCGCUUGGGACGGAAGAGCUCCUCUCAUGGUUGACUUUCUCAAGGCCCAAGAGGUUCAAGACCCUCUUAUUCUCGACACAAGCUGGUUGUACGUUGGCCAUGUUGACGAGUUUCUCCAAUUUUUGCCUGCCUACAAUGAGCGUGGAUGGAUCCUUAUGGUCGCAGAUCCGCUCAAGGGCCUUGAUCUACUGAGUAAGGCGUCCAAGGCUGGUCAUGGAAGUGUCAAGGCUGUUUCCCGUUCGCUUCGAGUGGAGGAGAAGAAGCAGGAGCUGUGUCUUCCAGCGCAGACUAUUCAAGAGGCCCUCAAGUUCAAGGACUUUGACGCCAUCCAGAAGAACUCAGCUCAGCGCAUUGAAGCCAAUCUCAACAUCCUCAAACGAGAAACUGGGAUCACGGACAAGGACAUCUUCCGAGUUCCCAUGCUAUUCUACUAUGCUGAGUCGGACAGCUGGUUGUGUCCUGGCCAGAAGCCAUCAGACUCAAAUGCGGAGGACGACUCCUCCAAAACACCCCAAAAGACGUCAGGCAAGACCGGCAUCACGAUGAAAGGCGCCAUGGGACCCGUUCACAAGGCAAAGUCGAUCGUGGAGGCAGGUACCCCAAAGAACUCAUUGCAGCGACGAGCGGUUGAUACAGCUAGCCAAGUUCUAGCUCUCUGGCCGGGUACAGUCAACGGCCUGGUUCUGCCAGACCAAAAGGUCCUUGUACCUAAGCCCUGGGGUCCAGUGAUCAAAAAGCAGGAUAUCUUUGCGAAUGCAGUAUCUGAGGUGUAUGCCAGUGCUGGGUAUAAUAUUACUUAUCAGGAUGAUUGGUUCUCUCAUUUCAAGGGGCAAGGAGACGUUCAUUGUGGCAGCAACUCCUGGAGGGCAGUAAACAUCAAGUUUUAG